UCGGAUCUUUUAUCUUCAAACGUCAAAUUAUCAUCAUCUCCCUUUUGUAGUAUUUCUUUUUUGUCUGCUAGUCAGUUUGUUAUCGCUAAUCGUAGGCCGAAACACCCCCUGAUAGUGAGUCAACCCGUGCAGAUCAGUAAAAAAGGAGAAACUGAUUGAUAAUCAACGCAGGAGGCAGCAGAGCUCUUCAACGUCUCGGCCAUGAACGAUUGUUUUCGUACGCUGGUAGAUUACGCUACCAGAUGCUUCAGCUGCCAUGAAGAUUCUUCCGCACAGGGCAACGAACCGAACGAGCGAACACAUCUGCUGGACAAUCCGGUAAGCAAUAGCCCAGCCGUCCGGAGGUCGGACAGCGAAGACCUCACGCAGGAGUACCCCAACUCGGUACCGAAGAAGGACGACGUUUCGGCGCUGAACAAAAUCAUCCAGGACACGGCGGCGAAUGUGAUCGAUGUUGCAGCCAUGGACAUUCACAACAUCGAGCCACACGAAUACAACGAUCGGGUGAAAAUCUACUCCCAACGACUGGCACAACAGUGGAACACGGUACAGCAUCCGAAUCAUGUGCACCAUGUUGGCCUCCUGAAAGACAUUGCGAACCCUGAGUCAGUGUUAGCAUCAGCGGCUAUUGCGCCCGCCGAUUUGAGCAUGAUCCGUGACAUGGUCCAGAAGGCGAACGUUGCCGUUGGCGAGAUCAAGGUUAAGCACACCGAAAAUCUGGUGGUGCCUUUUAGGAUUCCAUAAUAUCACGCCAUCCGGCGGCAUCUGUAAAAGUAAUAAAAAACGGAAGGCAAAUAAGCAAGGUACAACACCCGCGCGCAAUACACGGGGUGGGAUGCUGCAGCAAGCUUUGUUUCUUUUCUAAUUUGUGUCCUCAUUUCGGCUCUGUCCUGUCGGCAACGAUGAGCAUUGGAAGGGUUUGAUGUUAUGUUUACUCCACAUUUUAUCAGUGUCGAAAGUUUAAUUACGUUUUCCAUUUUUCCUUUCUGUUAGGUUACCAAACUACGCGUUGGUGUAGUAGAUAGAUCAAGAAGCAAUAGUGUAAAAAAUGUUUCAUAAAGCUUUCUCCUUCAGGCAAAUUAUUUAAAGUUCUUCGCGGGUCCGAAAUUUAUGUGUCGUACAUUAGAGAUCCUAUCAAGUCCCCUAGCUUCCCAGAAAUCAAACUCACUUGAACGAACUAAAGUGCUGGCCUGUAAUUUAAGGAAUAAAUAUUCUUAUAAGUAUAUACAGCUUUGUAUGAAAGUGAA